CCGCAGUGCGCAGCCGCCCCCGGCCUGAGGGCCCUGCGCCGGCGCGGCCAUGGCGGCGGAGAGCGGCACGGCGGCCGAGGCCCUGGUGGGGCAGGUGGUGCUGCCCGGGGACCUGCUGCUGCUCCCCGCGCACUACGACGAGGACGCGGAGGGCGAGCGGCUGCGGCUGAGCGCGGGCGGAGGGCCGCAGGGGCGGCUGCUGUGCGGGCCGGGGCUGCGGCGCUGCGGGGCCGGGCUGCUGGUGACCAAGUGCGGGCUGCUGCGGCACCGGCCCGCGGGCGGCGGCGCCUUCUGGGUGGACUCGCAGCAGAAGCGGUACGUGCCGGUGAAGGGCGACCACGUUAUAGGGAUCGUGACGGCCAAAGCAGGGGACGUGUUCAGGCUGGAUGUGGGCGGCAGCGAGCCGGCGUCYCUGUCCUACCUGGCCUUCGAAGGCGCCACGAAGAGGAACAGGCCAAACGUGCAGGUGGGAGAUCUUAUUUAUGGUCAGUUUCUUGUGGCAAAUAAAGACAUGGAACCAGAGAUGGUCUGUAUAGACAGCAGUGGAAAAUCCAGUGGAAUGGGAAUAAUUGGACAAGAUGGCUUCCUCUUCAAAGUUUCCUUAGGUCUAAUAAGAAAGCUCUUGGCUCCCAAAUGUGAAAUAAUUCAGGAGUUGUCACAAUUGUACCCAUUUGAGCUGGUGCUGGGAAUGAAUGGAAGAAUAUGGGUAAAAGCAAAAACAGUUCAACAGACUUUAAUUAUAGUCAAUAUUUUGGAAGCCUGUGAGUAUAUGUCKGCAGAACAGAGAAAACAGGCACUUGCCAAACUGUCAGGGAACAGAUAAGAGAAAACCUUGAGGAUUUGUUUGUGAUGACUGUAGGGUGUUUUGGUUAUUUUUGUAUUCAGAUUUAUAUUAAAAGCCUUUUUUUAAAUCAAGUACUAGACUUUGGUUAUUCUUCAUUUCCCUUGUUUAUCYGCUCAACUUGUUUUUGUGUUGUUUAAGAAGUUUGUUUUGACUCACUUUUGUGAUUAGGAAACCCUGUUURUGUUCAUGAAUUAUCUGACUGAUGUGAAGAUGGUCUCUAGAAGCUUUCAUUAGCUCUGAAUUUUGAAAUGUAACAACUUAGGCAGAUGAUCAGAUAAGACCAAAAAUAGAUUCACAGGGACAUUAUCAUUUUCUCAAAGAGAUAACCUUUGUACUAGUAUUAAGGAUAUAAUGAUUAGGAUGUCAUAAUAAUAGCCAUGUGUUUCUCGAUUCUAGAUACUGAUUUGUUUUAGUAACAGUGUUAAGAUACCAUAGAGCUUUGCUAAUGUUUAACAAAAAAACGUUUCUGAAAAAAGGGAUGUUUGGCUUCUUUGUGUAGCAGUCCCUCAGAUGCACRUAGAGGAGAUGCUGUCCUAGGAAGGCUAAACUCUCAGUGAAUUUUAGUAUGUAAAUAAUUUGCUGCUGAGCAAUCUGAGAGGGAACCCUGGAAUAGUGGAAGGGUAGCUAUUGAUGCUGCCUUCCUGUGGGAGAAAAGCUUGAUUGUAGGUACGUAAUGAACUGCAUUGCAGCUGUUAGGCAGUCAUUUAGAUSUGUGAUAUUUUGUGGUUCUUAAUAAGCUGAAUAGUUUAAUAGCAGUAGUUAAAGGAAUUUUAUUUUAAUGGACUAAUUAUGGUAAGCCUGAAUACUAUCUUAAUUAAAGUGGAAACAUUAUUUUUCAUGUUUAUUCUGUAUUUCAUCCGAAGUUCAACCUAUGGUAUUUGAUGAUAGGGUUGUCUUUGGCAUCUGUGUCAUUUAGAAAUCAGUUCAGAGCCACUCCUSUGAGUCAUCUGUAAUAUGCUGAAGSUUACCUAGGGCUUCCCCUGGUUCAGCAAGAACAAACUCUGAUGAUUUCCAUGUGAGUCAAAUGGCUACAAUUCACAAUUCUUUGUGCAUUUCCCUGGUCUYCCUAUUUAGCAUCUAGGACAUUGCUCAUCUGGCUUGGUAGGUCUUCAGUCAUCUUUUUUUCACCUGUCAUCUCCCAGGUGAAGUGACAUUCAUAUCCUAGAAACCUUUUGAGUCUGUAAUCUCUCUURCUACACAUGAGAAGCUGUGAAUUAGUAAGGAUUUCAAUAACUGUUCUCCAGAGUUAUUUCAGUUCCAGCUAACCAGGCCUGUGCAGGUUAUCUGUUAUUGGAACAAUAGCUGGCAUAGGCAGAAAAGCAUUUGCCAAAUCAUCUCAGGGUUCUAACUUGUGUUUUUGUGAAUGUUCUUGGAUCAUAAUAGUAAAACCACAGGAAUGGGCAACAGCAUGGAUCAUUUCCUGGGUAGUUGUGGCUUGAAAUGGAAUUAGCCUUACCACUCCCCUUUACCUAAGCAGCCUGCUUUCCUUCCCAAAAGCCUGCAUUCCAAGCUUAACCUGCAACAUACACAUGGACAAUGCCUAUUAAAAUGCUGGUUUGGUAGUGCARCCUUGGAAGUUCUUAAUCAGCUCACUAUUUUAUUCCACUUAUCAUUCUGUSCUAUUGUCACCUGUGUAUCACCCAAAUACCAAUUUUGUUAAAUCAAGAACAGGAUAUAAAAUGCAUUCAAAUUGUGCUUGUUACUAAUUUAGCAAAAGGGGAUAACCACAAAGUUCUUGGGUUUUACCCCCUACAAAAKCAUUUUAAGUAUGUGCUACACUUAAAUUGGUUUGAGAGUUUAUACAAUGGAAAAAAAUUAGUGGAUGAGAACAAAAUGGCUAUGGGGAAAGAUGGUUGAAAGAAAAUACACUUAAACACAUUACUAACAGAAGGUGAUAUUCGUGUUUUGUUGUGUUUUUUUUUUUUUAACUUGGGAAAAAUUACUUACCAACAUUCCUCAAACCAAUUACUAGCUUUGACAGGCUUUAUAUAACAAACAAAGCAUCCAGACAAGAUCUAAACCAUAUCUUUGUGAACUUUUGAUUCUAGGUUGGUGACUAAACCUGUCACCAAGGAGGGCUAUGGAGUAUAAUUUGGUUCCAGGAAGAAAGACUGAUMAUGAUUUAAUUACGUAUUCUGCUGGAAGGCUUUCACGUUACCAUUAAAGGCCUAUAAACCAAUAUGUUUUCAGAAAUAGRACUUGCAGUAGGGAUGCUGUGGACUUGAAAUGUACCUUAAAUGUCCUUCCUGCCCGACUUGGGGACCUUCACCAUGGAAAAGGCUACCCUGGAGUUUUUAGAGGAGAUAGAGCUAAAAACUUUGGGAUCAG